CUCAUUCCGCAACCAGCAAAAUCCUGAACAUCAUCAUGGGAUAACACCAUUUUGUGACACACCUCUCGACAUGGUCACAGGAUUUCCAGCUGAUUACAUGCACCAGGUGUGCUUAGGGGUACAGAAGCGUAUGUUGCUGGCUUGGAUGAGGGGAAGAAAAGAAACUAGGUUAUCAGCGCGCCACAUGAAAGAAAUUAGUGAUCGACUUAGAAGCCUGCAGCGAUUUAUCCCCAAGAUAUUUGCUCGAAAGCCACGAGGACUAGAUGAAAUUGAUCGGUGGAAGGCUACAGAAUACCGCCAGUUCCUCCUGUAUACAGGAAAAAUUGUUUUGCAGGGCAUCAUUCCAGAAAAUUUGUACAAUCAUUUUCUUGUUCUAAGCGUAGCCAUGUGCAUUCUUGUGUCUGAAGACUUGACCAGCCAACACAGUGACUAUGCCAGGGCACUGCUUAAAUACUUUGUACAAAAGAGCCAGGAUCUAUAUGGCAGAGAAUUUCAGGUGUACAAUGUGCACAGUCUUCUCCACCUGACUGAUGAUGCAGUUGAAUAUGGAUGCCUUGACACAUGUUCAGCAUUUCCCUUUGAAAACUAUAUGCAGAAAAUUUUAAAAAUGGUGCGAUCCCCAAAGAAUCCGCUGGUCCAGAUUUUUAAGAGGUAUAGAGAGUCCCAUCCAGUCAUCAAUGACCUUACCAGCAAAGUGAUUUCUUGCAAAAGGCCAAAUAAUUAUUUUGUCAUUAAUGACCAGUCAUGUUGCGAAGUCAGAAGUGUCAGCCACCAGACAAACAACACUGGGGAACAGAUGUAUAUAUGCCGUGUCUAUGGUCAUGCACAAUCCUUGUUCCAACAUCCUUGUGACUCUAUGCUGAUAGGAGCUAUGACUGUCCGGCAACAAGACUACCAAAUACAAGAAUUACCAGAGAGCCAAUUGAACUCUCAGGCUAUAAUGAUAGAAAGGAGCGAUGGGAAACUGGUAUUCCUGGCAGUUCUCCAUGGUUUCUAAGUUUGGUUUUUGAGGGGUGGUGGAUGGGGUUUUACUUCACUUUACUUCUGACUUAUCGGAGACAGGCCUGCUUGUGACAGAUUGAGUGCUUUGUUCACUAGAAUCAAGCUCAAACAAAUGCGAAUAGCCCUAAACAAUCACUUGAUGUAGGGAUCAGCCAAGGGGAUCCCAACAAAACUGUGCAUAAUUGGUUAUUAAGGUGAGAGGCAGCUAUUUCCAUCCAUCCAUCCAUAUCCCGACGCCCACUCCCACAUGGAAGCUCCUCAUGGCUGAGAAUAGCAGACGACCACCCCCCGAACUAUGAGGGCGACUCCACAAUCCUGGACCAAGACACAAGAAGGAGGUGGCCGUGGCAUAUACUCGCAUACUUGUGGCACAUGCCCAGUGACAAUGCUGGACAUAUAUGCCAUGGCAAGAAUUUCUGCUCUGAUGAGUGCUUGUGCGUAUGCAGUGGUGUUGUUUGAAGGAGAAGGCUGUGUGGGAAUUGCCUACAAGACCUGGAUUGAAAGCCGGGAGGAUGCUCUCUUUUGCUACUGGCCAAAAGAUAGUGUAAGUGCUCUCAAGAGAGCAAAGAGAAAGGAAAUGCCAGAUAAGGAUAUGUGGACAAGACACAAAGUCAUGGUUGUUUCAUAUACUGAUGAUUUUGAUAAAGCACAGCGUCACGCACGAAAGGCCGAGGACACUGACAAUGUGGCCACUGAGGACGAAAUGGAGAGGAGGAGGAAAGUGCCCAAGCGAUAUGAAGCAACAACAGACACUGAAGAAAGUGAUGAUGGUCUCCAAAUAUCAGCAAGUUAUACAACUAAAGACCCUGUGCUCCCUGCCCAACCAACAAAAUUUAGAAAAAGCACCAACACGGAUGAGUCCCUGAAUGUUAUGCAGUCUACCAGUCCAUCAAGUAAUAGCAAUCAGAGGACACCAACCCCAACAAACACCCAACCAUCUGUUUCACAGCCCUGCAGCCAAAGUGCAAGUUUGCUUGAAGCUGCUAAUGAGUCAACAUCUAUUGCAUCUAGUGCAUUCACUGAUGAUGACUUUAAAACAGAGAUCAGAGAGAAGUUGGACAUUGUGCUGCGAAACCAACAAAAAAUUAUGGACAUGUUAAAACAACGGGAAGAAGAGGAGCCACUGGUAGUUGAAGAUGUCGUCCCC